CCCACUCUUGCUCUUUGAACUGCCGAGUUCAGUACCCCACUCUUUCUCUAGUGCUGAGUACCCCUCCAAGCCGGGGUCAGGCCGGUGGUUCCCCCCCAGCCAAGGUCGGCAAGCGGCGCGUCUGGCGUCGCUAAGCGUCGCUCAGUUAAGCGCCGCGAUAAAGGCGAGAUAAGCGCGUCGAGAACCUUGAUAAAUCUUCUCGAGUCGCACGACCCAGCCUGGACUCAGGCAACCAUGCGCGCGCCCAUCCUCACCGCAGCAACAGCGGCCGUCUCCCUGCUGACUGGCACACUGGCCACGCUCGAUGCCGCGCAGAAGAUCUUGGGCCACGACCACAGCAGCCAUGACCACAUGCGCGACGUCCACGGCGUGUACCGGAACCCGUCGGACGACGGCAUCAACCCCUUUCCGCUCGUCGAGCCAGACGUGCUGAGCGACGCGAGCAUCAACCUCGACACGCCGGCGGGCGACAGCAUCUUCUCGGGCCUCGGCACGUUUGCCCACCUGCCCUUUGGCGCCUGCCUCUCGCCGAUUGCCGGCCAGCUGCCCGAGGGCAGCGAAGAGGUGGCGCCCGGCGACUCGUUUGACAUUGCCGUCGUGGGCAUGCCCUUUGACACGGCCGUCAGCUUCCGGCCGGGGGCGCGCUUUGGGCCCAGCGGGAUCCGCCACAACAGCAAGCGCAUGUCCAAGUUCCGCGGCUACAACGUGCCCCUCGGCGUCAACAUCUACGAGAGUGGCCAAAAGAUUCUCGACUGCGGCGACAUUCCCGUGACUGCCUUUGACAACAACCUGGCCGUCAAGCAGAUGCAGCGCGGCUACACGUCGCUCCUCCAGCGGCCCGUCAAGACGCCGGCCAAGGAGGGCAAGAAGCCGCGGUACGCCAAGACGGGCCGGUCGCACCCCAAGCUCAUCACCCUCGGCGGCGACCACACGCUGGUGCUGCCCGUGCUCCGCUCCCUCGAGACCGUCUACGGGCCCGUGUCGGUGAUCCACUUUGACUCGCACCUCGACUCGUGGGACCCGGGCUUCUACGGCGGCGACGAGGCGUCCAAGGCCUCGACGAUCAACCACGGCACUUUCUUUUGGCACGCCGCCAACGAGGGCCUGAUCCGCAACGGCAGCUCGACGCAUGCAGGCAUCCGCACCCGCCUCGCGCAUCCCACCGACUACGACACGGACAAGCAGUGCGGCUUCUCGCUCCAGGAGGCCCACGUCAUCGACGACAUUGGCAUCAAGGGCAUCGUCAAGAACAUCCGCAAGGCCGUCGAGGGCAAUCCCGUCUACCUCUCCAUCGACAUUGACGUCCUCGAUCCCUCGGCUGCGCCCGCCACGGGCACCCCCGAGACGGGCGGCUGGACCAGCCGCGAGCUGCGCAAGAUCCUCCGUGGCCUCGACGGGCUCGACAUCAUUGGCGCCGACGUCGUCGAGGUGGCCCCCGCCUACGACAACCAGGCGGCACUGACGCAGAUGGUCGCUGCGGACCUUGUCUUCGAGAUCCUGGGUCUCAUGGUCAAGCGCGGGCCGCUGUAGGCAAGACAAGGCGAGCUGCAACUCAGACUUAUUUCUAAAAAGGGAUGAAUGAUUAGAUUUCAUGAAAUAGUAGAGGAUGCUUUGAGAGUA